AUGGCAGUGGACGUGCCCGAGGUGUUGCCCAAGUCCGAUGCCGCCCGGCGCAUGGUCGAGACUAAGCAGAAGAAAGAUCUCUCUUCCACCCCCCUUGCAGACUUACGCAAGCAGGCUGCUGGCUUGUCAGGCUCUCCAGAAGGUGCUGCAGUGGGCAACAAGGGCAAUAUCGCCAACCUGUUAUUCAACGCCCAUGUGAAGGAGACGACAGAGAACGACGAUCUCAAUCGCGCUAUGUUCACACAUUUAUGUGACAAUAUGAUGGCCACUGGCAAGCUCGAAGUUGGCGCGGCUAUAUCGACCAACCAGUUCAAGGCUGCCACGUCGCAAGCUGGGCCCGAGGAAGCAGCGGAUGGCGACGACGUUGUACAUGUGCAGCUGGAUGGCAUCGAUUACCAGCUCUUGUUUUAUGGCAUGACAAUGUCGGGGAACCUUGCGCGCGAUCUUACCGAUGCCGUUCAAGACUCUUGGAUUGCGCAUGACAUCGAGGGCGUGCCGGACAAGAGCGUCGCCGCACGGGUCAAGACGGAGACGAAUGAACCUGAGGGGAAGGACGAGUCGCCUGGGGUUGUUCGCGUUGCUCAGCCUGCCGUGCCGCCUUCGGACCUUGGGCCGGCUUCGGCGGGUGCCGAGGUCGCGGCGGCAGGGUCUGAGGCGGCCUCGGCGGGUGACAAGGGCACCGAGGUCGUCGCCGCCGUCGCCGAACCAUGUGGGCCUCGUGAGCCAGGGUGUUUAGAGGACGUGGGAAGCACAUCGUUGCGCUUUGCCCCAUCAGGCAGAAUCCGAAGCUGUUCAUGGAUUUCAAGGGUGAGGGCGCGAGCCGAGUGA